UUGUGUAAAACCAUGAUGGCGGCGUCCUGUGCGAGAACCCUUGGUAAGGUCGCCCGGCUAGUUUUAGACACGCCGAUUAACAGAAUAACAAAAACCGACCCAUUUAUAAAUAAAUUUCAUCUGAGGGGUCAGGUUAGGGCUUACGGUAACAGCGGAGCUGGGUUUAAAUCCAGAUUUUUGCACAUUUCGCCGAUACGUUGGAGAGUCCUGGGAGGUGCGUUCCUACUCGGUGGUGGUUUUGGGUUGUACCAGACCAUCAAACUCACGUUUCAGCAUCACCUCGCAGAAGAGAAAGCUAAAGCACCCGAGCUGGGGACGGAUCUGAAGUUGACUUUGUAUCAGUAUAAGACCUGUCCAUUCUGCAGCAAGGUGCGAGCCUUCUUGGAUUAUCAUGGCCUUCGAUAUGAAAUUGUGGAAGUCAAUCCUGUUAUGCGUCAGGAGAUUAAGUGGUCCACUUACAGAAAAGUUCCCAUCCUGAUGGUGGACAGGACGGUGCAAAUUAAUGACUCUUCUGUAAUUAUUAGUGCUUUAAAGACUUACCUGAUCACCAAGCAGAGAACAGUAUCUGAGGUUCUUGAUUGCUAUCCUGAGAUAAAGGCGAAGAACGACAGGGGAAAAGAUGUAAUAGAGUUUGGCAAUAAGUACUGGGUCAUGGUGAACAAUGAGGAUGCUGAUGGGCUGUAUCCCGAAAAAGAUUCCAGAAAAGAGGAGAUCAAAUGGCGUAAAUGGGUAGAUGAAUGGCUGGUGCACCUAAUUUCACCUAAUGUUUACCGUACACCAACAGAAGCCCUUGCCUCCUUUGACUACAUAGUCAGAGAGGGCAAAUUUGGCACAUUUGAGGGCUUCUUUGCCAAAUAUUUUGGAGCGGCUGCCAUGUGGAUAAUUUCAAAAAGACUGAAAAACAGACACAAUCUGCAAAAUGAUGUAAGACAGGAUCUCUACAAGGCUGUGAAUGAUUGGGUGGCAGCAAUUGGAAAAAACAAGAGAUUCAUGGGAGGAGAUGAACCAAACCUUGCAGAUCUGGCUGUUUUCGGUGUUUUGAGAGUCAUGGAAGGCCUUCAGGCUUUUGAUGAUAUGAUGGACCAUACCAAGGUGAAGAACUGGUACAGGCGUAUGGAGAAGGUGGCACAACAUGCUCCAUAAAAACAAGGCUUUUGUUAUUUCUUUAUCAACUUGGAGCACUUGACACAGCACAACUCUAAGAAGCAAGUUUGAUGCCAUCUAAUGGUAGCUUAAUGCUUUUGCAUUGUAAGACGUUAUUUUUCUCUUAAUGUGAAACUGUGGAGCUAAGAAUUUAAUUGAAAAAGAUGAUCAAAGUCAUGCACCCAACAUACCAGAGAAUGUUGUUUUGAAUGUUUCAGUGAUUUCAAUUUUCCAUGAUUUGUUAUAAUAAUUCAGCUAUAUGUUUGGAUUUAUUUCUUUUACUGUAAAACAUGUGAAUCAGACACUAUAACCUACAGGUUCUGUGGAAAGGUUAGGAAAUGGUCCGUCAAAAUUCAUGUACCCAAGCUAAAAUCGCAGUUACUUUCCAAUUUUAUCCAUGUUUGGAAUUUGCUUUUUGCUUGUAUAUAAAUUGGUAAUAACAAGCUACUAUACUGUAAUUAGCUUUAUUUUCAGCAAAUGACGGUUAAAUUUCUUGCUUUUCUUGCUAUGUGUCUUACUUUUCUGAAUGGAUCUUUUCUGCAUUUAGUGAUAGAUGAGUAAAGAUCACAGCAGAAGCCUGCAGUCUACCUCUUGGUUGGUUUACUGUUCCCUUGUUCAUAAACUUCCAAUAUGAGUUUGCAGAUCUAUGGUUUAUAUUAAAAUAAGCGUUAACAAAAUAGGAGUUGAGUUUCAAUGUUUUUUGUUUUCUUGUAACUUUGUAAUUAUUGAAGGUUGAUUUAGAUGCAAGACUGUUAUGUCCACUUAAAUAAAAAAUUGUCUAUGCAUUA